UAACUAACCAAAUUCUCCUUACAGAUUUUCAGAAAUUUUUGUUGUAGUACUGCACCUCAAAAUUGUUUAUGUGGUGACUUGUGAUAAAUCUAAAAUUGCAUAUAUUCACCAAAUUUUGGAUUUACAACACACCAAAAUCUGACUAAAAAUGUCAACAGAAACAGUGCUGAAUGGCGUUGGGGAGACCAUAGUGGUAUUGUCGGGCAAAGGAGGAGUGGGCAAGAGCACAACCACCGUACAACUCGCGUUCACUCUGAGGGCGCUUGGCUACAAAGUCGGCAUCCUGGAUGUGGAUCUUUGUGGCCCGUCUAUCCCUCGCAUGCUCGGUGUCGAGGAUCAGGAUGUGCUUACAACUCCCAAUGGUAAAUGGAUUCCUGUGAUGGUGGAUUCCGAAAAAAAACUGAGCGUUGUAUCCAUAGCAUUCUUUCUCAACUCAAAAAAAGAUGCAGUUAUUUGGAGAGGACCAAAAAAGAAUGCCAUGAUUAAACAGUUACUGACAACCGUGGCUUGGGAUGUGGACUACCUAUUGAUCGACACACCACCGGGCACGUCUGAUGAGCAUCUCUCAGUUAUGGAAAAUAUCAGAGGUGCGCGAGUGAGAGGAGCUGUGUUGGUGACGACCCCUCAGCUGCUGUCCGUGGAUGACGUCACGCGGGAGCUCACUUUCUGUCAGAAGACGCAGCUCAACGUCCUGGGCGUCCUGGAGAACAUGGCGGGCUACGUGUGUCCGCACUGUUCGGAGUGUAGCAAUAUCCUGGCGUGGGGAGGAGGUGAAUCUUUUGCCGCCAAGUCGUCCUUGCCUUUCCUCGGCCGAGUUCCCAUCGAGCCAAAUCUGUGUCAGUGCGCCGAGACGGGCCAAAACUUCAUGGAGAAAUUUGCAAGUUCUCCAAUUGCCGACAUCUACAAGAGCAUUGCCACCAAACUAAUAGCAACUUCAUCCGUUCCUGAAGCGAUGGAGCCUCAGGAAGGACGUUAAAAGUGGCCUUUAUUUGUAAUAAAUAUUUCUUCUGGAAA